UGUACAAUAUGGCGAGAUACAUGACGAUGUUUCGAAUAAUAAUCUCAAAUCAAUUUAUAUUGGCCCUAAACGUCGUUUCUUGCGAAUCUUACAAUAGCGUGAGUCGUAUUUUUGUCCGUGAAAGUGCAAUCUAUUCCGAAAGGAGAAAGGUGCAAGACCGUUAAAAGCUCGAUGAAAACGCGAGCGUAGAGUGGUUGAUCACGCGUGAGCACGCUUUCGAUCGGUCAGUACUUUUACUUGAAAAUUCGCGGAGAAUUCUGCGUUUCGACUGCGAUAGGCAGUGAAUAUUGAACAGUAUAUUGAUCAGUAAGGUGCGACAGCACGAAACGAUGCUCUACCUUGAAGAUUACGUGGAAAGUGAGUGUGAAAAGCGUCGCGCUCGGUUCACCUGUGGGAUUCUAACCUCUCCGUGACGCUCGACUAACCUCACGAAUCGUUUAUUCGCACAACCCCACGAGUCCUACGAUGAACGCAGCCAUUUUUGUUUAUAUUCCACUGGUCGGUUUGCGUGUCCUUUUGCACAUCGGUUCCAGGAUCAGAUUACAACAAUUACAAAAUGAUAAAACAUCGUGUCUAUUUAAUUAUGUGUUUUUAUACUGAGAGGUUAGGCGAAUGUCUAUCGACUGAUCGAUACAUGCUAUUGUUAGUUUGUCUAUGACAAUAAUAAAUGAUUAUUAAGUUUUGCGAGCUGUCGUUGAUUUUGCUGCAUUGUCAUGUUUUUAGGAUUAAUCAAAAAUUGCUUAGGAAAUUCUCUCUCCAAGUGAUAUAACUGUAUUUGAUCGAGCAUCUUCCACAAGAACUAAGAGACCGAUUUACCGAAAUGAGAGAAAUGGAUCUAGGUGUACAGAAUUCAAUGGAUAGUCUGGAGAAGAAAGUGAAGACUUUCUUCUCUAGUGCCAAGAAGAUGAAACUCAGUGAAAAGGAAGCUGAAUACGAAGCCAUAAGAAGAGAAUAUUACAAGACCUUAGAAGAUGCCGAUGAGAAAGUACAUUUAGCCAAUCAAAUGUAUGACUUGGUAGAUAGGUAUUUAAGGAGGCUGGAUCAGGAGCUACACAAAUUCAAGAUGGAAUUAGAAGCCGAUAACAAGGGCAUCACCGAAAUCUUAGAGAAGAGGUCUCUGGAGUUGGAUCAACCACCCACAAAUAGUAGUCAAAAAGAGAAUCGUUACAGUUUCACACCAAGUAGAACACGGGAUAAUCACAGUCAUUCACGAUCGGAGAAGAGAAGAGACUCCAAUGCGUCUUCCACGUCAGUCGAGAAGAGAAUGGCGAUUGAGAAACUUCCGGCAACGAGUGUGCCGGAGUCACGACCUGCGUCGACAAAUUCCGGGCCGAUUAUUGCGACGAGCAAUGUGCCACCUGCGCCCGCAGCUAUUGCCAAUUCUGUGGGUUCAGUAUGCUAUAAUCUGGGUCACAUUGGUGCUGGUGGUAACGCUAUUGCUGCGGCAGCAUCACAGGCGAUUGCGGCAACGCAAUCCAUGCAACAAGGCAGACGAUCAGCUAGCUUGAAGGCUAGCUACGAGGCCAUCAAUACUGGCGGUGUGCAUGCUGCCGAGUUCAGCAGAGAACUGGCAGGCGCAGCGCAGACUGCCAUCGCGGCUAUUCAAGAGACCACGAAGAAACAUAAAAAAAAAGUCACAGCCACGGUGCCGAGUUCAAGCGUGAUUGCUGCCACCGUACAGCAACCUGUGUCACCACCAGUUGUAACUACAACCACACAAGUAGUGGAUCCAGAUAAUCCAGAUUGGACAUACGAUCCAAACGAACCACGAUAUUGCAUUUGCAACCAAGUGUCCUACGGUGACAUGGUUGCGUGCGAUAAUUCAGAUUGCCCGUUCGAAUGGUUUCACUAUCCAUGCGUGGGCAUCUCAGCACCACCCAAAGGUAAAUGGUACUGCCCUCAAUGCACAUCUUCCAUGAAGAGACGUGGUGGGCGGAAGAAUUGAUUGGGAAGACAGUUGAAGGGCGUUGACCAUGAGAGAGCGAUGUUACUACCUCUUAGACAUUGUCCGUCGUCGAAUAUCGACUUAGUUAGGGAACCGUUAGCACUGAUUUUGUAUGACUGUUUUGAUGUGAUUCGAGUUCGCGUCAUCGUCGUUGUCGUCGUCGUCGCCAUUGUCUUGACCGUGUCUCUUCUCUUCGUGAUCGUGAGUGUAUGUUACGUUGACAAUAUUAUACCUCUCAUGGAACACGGCGCGUCUAGCGGAUAAGAUGGGCAGUAAUUCUGCGUCUAUUUCAUUUUGUAAACAUUCUGAUAUAUUUCGCGUAUAUAUCGCGACUUUCUGAGUGAUAUGAUAUUCUGAAUGUUACGCACUUUCGAGAGGAGACGAGGGAAAUACAAGGUGAAUCGAAAAACACUGUUGACCAUUAAUGUAUUCUUCGACGUGUUUGAAAUCGACCGUUACCCGUCGAAAAAUUUAAGACACUCAGUGUCUAGUUAUUUAUUGCCAGACGACUUCUCUGGUAAUUAAGUGUACAUAAAUAACAAGAC